AUGUCGAUGCAAGAGUCGGAUUCUCCUCAAACGGUCGAAUCGGUGCCGGAAAAGGUGCUGGGGAAUGAUGAGACGACUGUUUUGGCAGAUUCUGGGGAUGCCGAAUUAUUGGCUCAGCUUGGAUACAAGCAAGAAUUGAAGAGGAACUUUACUACGUUUGAGGUCUUUGGAAUUGCGUUCAGCAUCAUCAGUCUUCUGCCUUCAAUUGCGUCGACUUUGUCAUACUCCAUACCGGCGGGCCCUGUUGGCAUGGUCUGGGGCUGGUUUCUUGCAGCUGGAUUUAUAUUCUGCGUUGGUGUUGCUAUGGCAGAUCUUGCUUCUUCUAUGCCAACAUCGGGUGGGCUGUAUUGGUGGACGCAUUUCUUCGCUUCACCAAAAUGGCGAAAUCCGCUUUGUUUCCUGGUCGGGUACUCUAAUACGCUGGGCCUUGUUGGAUGUCUCUGCUCUGUGGACUAUGGGUUCUCACUCAUGUUCCUGUCAGUGAUCGUCAUAGCUCGAGAUGGGAACUGGACUCCUUCAAAUGGCACAAUUUAUGGAGUCUUCUUGAUCACAGUCAUUUGUCAUGCAAUGCUCGCAACUACUCUUCAACGAAUCAUCGGUAAACUCCAAACAGUCAGCGUCAUUAUGAACUUGAUCCUCCUCGCCGCAACAAUGAUCGCUCUACCUAUCGGACGACACUCACAGCGAAACGACGCCCAUUAUAUCUUCGCUCAAGUAGAGAAUCUCACUACAUGGCCGACAGGGUGGGCUUUUAUGCUAGCAUGGUUGUCUCCGAUUUGGACUAUUGGGGACUUUGAUUCUUGUGUUCAUAUCUCUGAAGAAGCCCUCAACGCCGCAAAGGCCGUACCGUACGGCAUCAUGAGUGCUAUUGGUGCUUCUUGGAUCCUGGGCACUUUCAUGAUGAUUGUAAUCGCAGCUUGCAUCAAUCCUAAUCUCCAAGCCGUACUGAGUAGUCCAUUCGGCCAACCCAUGGCCCAAAUAUACUACGACGCAGUCGGCAAACAUGGAGCAAUGGGCCUCAUGGCCCUCCUCUUCAUCUGCCAAUUCCAAAUGGGACUCUCUACACUCGUAGCCGUAUCCCGGCAAUCUUGGGCCUUCUCUCGCGACGGAGCUCUACCAUUCUCCCGUUUCUUCCGACCCAUCAGCACCUACUUCCCGUACACGCCCGUCCGGACAGUCUGGGGCUGCGCGAUCUUUGCCGCUAUCCUCGGGUUACUCUGCCUCAUCGCCCCCGCUGCCGCAUCCGCACUCUUCUCUCUCUGCGUAGCAGGCAACAACCUCGCCUGGCUAACCCCCAUAUUCUGCCGCGUGUACUGGGGUAAUUCCAAAUUCAAACCGGGACCCUUCUACACUGGUCGCUUUUCGAAACCCAUCGCGUGGCUCGCGGUAACGUUUCUCUCGUUCGGGAUCGUGCUGGCGAUGUUCCCCGUAGGCGGACCGAACCCGACGCCCCAGAACAUGAAUUAUACGGUGGUGAUCAAUAUGUGUGUUUGGGGAGGCAGUUUGGUGUAUUAUUUUGUGGAUGCAAGGAAGUGGUUUAAGGGGCCGAAGAUUACGUUGGAUUUGGGGACGUUGAGUGGGGAGCAGAGGGAGGCGUUGAGGGAGGAGGGGUUGGUUGUUGAGGGGGUGGGGAUGGAUGGGGAGGGUGAUAGUGGUCAGAAGGGGGAGAAGAUGGUUUGA